UGGCGGCGCGAAGAUUGCAAUAACAAGAAAAUUAAAAAGCGAUAAGCGUAAAAUCCACUGAUUUCUGUCAAAUUAAUUUAUAUACAAAUAGUUGAGAACACAAGGAGAUAAAAUGCCGCCUUUAGACUGGGGAAGAAUAAUGGGUACUAAUGUAGCGGAGCUUAGAGAAGAUCUAGAUGCAGCCGAUGAGAUGUACGGCGUCUUGGAGAUGGGCUCAGUUAAUCCAGAUUCGGCAGAAGCUGAAGAUGUAAACAAAAUGAUAAAACUGUUUGAGGUUACAAAGACUGUUAUGAAGGUUAAAUCAUUGCAAGUAGAGCUGGCUACUGAGGAAAUAAAAGCUGGAGGUGGAGACCGAGAGCAAGAAUUAUUGGAUGAAAUUUCCCAUUUAGAGAGAGAGAUCCAGCAAUACAGGAAAUAUAAUGGUGCAGGAGGAGAAGAUUUCAUGAGAGAAAUUCAGCAGAUAUGGCUGCCAGGCUGGAUGAAGCUGAAAAAGAAAACAAAAGUUUGAAAAGAGAUUUGGAAAGGAACAAGAUGGACCUGAGAGACAUACAAAGACAAUUUGAACAGCAGAGAGAAAGUAUGGUAGUGCGAAAAGGAGAAGGCUCUGACUUUAAAGAGAAGAUUUCCAAGAAAAACAAGGAAUUGUCUGAGUAUCUGGAUGAAAUAAGGAUUCUCCAAGAGGCUAAUGAUGAGUUAGAAGAACGCAUAAAAAACACAGAGAAAGAACUUCAGGAUGCAACUGCAGAGAUGGACAAGAUGACAGAUGAAUACACCAAACUUAGGACCAUUCUACAGCAGUCAGACAUGAUCAUUGAUGACAUGAGGAAAGAACGGGAUGCCCUCAGAGCACAGGUUCAAGAUCUCAGAAUGCAGUUUUCAACUAAGACGGACACUGAUGAACAGAUCAUGGCAGCUGUGAACUCUAAAGUGGAAGAGUGGAAGGCUGUGCUUGCAGCAAAGGAAAUUGAGCUAGAGCAGUACCGGUCAUUGGUCCAAGAGCUGAAACGGCAAGCUGCUGGGCUUCAAAUGGAUACAGACAAAACAUCCUUGGCCAUGUUACAACAGGCUGUGGCUGAGAAAGAUGAACAGAUAGAAAAUCUUAAAAAAGAACUUGAAAAGGCAUCAAGUGACAUGCAUGGGGUAGCUUCAUAUGUGGAAGAAGUUAAGGCCUUAACUGAAAAAGGUGUUCCAUCAGCAUACCAGCAGAAAAGAAUCAGACAGCUAAACAGCACACUACAAAAAGAACAGCUUGAAGUUUUGCAGUUUAGAGACAGGAUGAUAAUGGCAGAAAAAGCUGCAGCUAUGAAAGACAAGCAGUUGAAUGACUUGUUGGCUCAAAUGAUGCAAUAUGAGAGGGGGGAGUAUGGAUUGAGUGAGGCAGUACAGGAAAUCAAGGACUGCAAGGCUCAGAUUCGUAUCAGAGAUCAGAACAUUGAAGACCUGACAAGUCAGGUUAACAACUUGGAGAUCAAAGUAAAUGACAGUGAGAUGGAGAAUGAGGAGCUGCGAGAGCGACUUGGAAUGGAUCCAAAGGAGAAGCUGGACAUUGAAGUUGUACGGCACAAAAAGAAAGUUAAAGCAGAACAGGCAGUGGCUCUGAACAGGGCAUUAACUAAAGAGGUGGAAAGGUUAGAAGAAGAAAGGCUUCAGCUUAAACGGCAGCUCAGAAAACAAGCCCUGCAUCGAGGUCAAAGGGCUGUGGAGUUAGGAAUCACUGCUGAAGACUUAAUCGUGGCAGAAGAGGAGGACGUAGUCUCUUCACCCAGAAGACUUCCUGUGGUGGAUUCCGAUGGUGAGGUCACCAAGGCUUUGAACCAGAGGCUGGAAGGAGAAGUAGAAAAGAAUGAAAAACAAAUUGAAAAGUACAAAUCUGAUAUGAAAAAGAUCGAGACUGAAAAUAAGGAACUCAAAGAUGAAAACAAGCAGUUAGAAGUUGGAAUGCGGGAGAUUUUAGCCCAACUGAGGGAGCAUGCGGCAGCACAAGGAGUAGAGGAAAAUAAAUUAGUACAAGUUCCAGCCUUAGAAAAGCUCAUGGCUAUGAUAGAGUCUAGAAAUGCAGUGGGCCAGUAUGACACAACACUACAAUUAAAAGCUCAGAUUGAACAGCUAAGUGGGAGGAACGAAGAACUGCGACACGAACUGCACAACGCUCGAGCAGAAACAGCUAAAGCCAUCAUGCAGUUAGAGAGGAAAAACACCAAGAUCGAGGAUCUUGAAAAAGACAUUAAAGUGUUAAAAGAGAUAGGUGAGGGCGCUGUCAAGUUACAACCUAUGCCUUUGCCGCAAGGAAUGACACCCUCUUCAACGGAGAUCAUUGCCAGUCUUAAUGAGCAUCUUAUACAAGUACUUCAGGAAGUCUCCCUUAAGGAGCAAUUACUGGAGAAAAUGGAAAAGGACCUUGAGAUGUUCAAGAGGAAAUUCUCGGUUAUUCUUCACCAAAAGGGGCUUCUUUAUGUUGAUUUUAUGAAAGAAAAAGAGACAUGGGAAAAGGAGAAGAAAGCGAUCGAAGAAGAUAAGGCCUCAACUGAACUUGCCAGAGAACAUGAUAAAAUCAGGCUCAUGGAAUUCGAGAGAUUACUCGAUACCCUGGAAAAAGACGAGGACAAGCAGAAAAAGAGGCUUGGAGAAAUGACGAGAAAGGUUACAGUUUUGAGAGUGAACGAGAAGUCGCUCAGUAGAAGAUACACGGCCAUGCAAGACGUGGAAGCUGCUCUCAGGAAAGAAAACAAGAGAUACAAAAAUGAUGUCGUUGCUAUGGAGACCGCAGUUACUGAGAAACUAGGCUACCUUCAGAGACACAAAGAAAUGUCCACCUACAAGAUUGGAGUAUUACAGCAAGCGUUAGAUGAGAGUGUUCUUGCAACUGAACUGGAAGCAGCGAACAAACAGUAUAACGAACUCACUGCCAAGUAUCGCGACGUUAUACAAAGGGAAAACAGCCUCGUGGCACGAUCAGCCAUAGUCGACAAUCUAGAGGCCGACUUGAAGGCUUUGGAAGAAAGAGAAGCUGAACUGAAGAAGGAGAUGAUCUCACUGAAGGAACGAAACCACAGUUUAGAGCAGAUGGUGAAUGAACUUUUAUCGAAAGGUGGUGGAGAGGGUGAAGGAGACACCAGCAUUGUGCGUCAGGAAGAAAUUGAUAGAAUAUCAAGAAAACUUGCAACGCUAGAAAUGAAGGAGCUGAAUGAGAGAGAACGCGCUGACCAUGCUACGAGGAAGUAUGAACAAGUUCAGUCACUCAUCAAGCAACUGGAGGAAAGAAAUGUAGAGUUGGAGCAAAAGUUUGCAGAGAUCAGCAAGUUGAAUCUUGAAUCUCAGAGAGUUGAGCGGCAGCUUAGGGACGAAAUCUCCAACUCUGUCACACAAGAUACUCACGUGGCUGUCACGCGACGAGUCCGGUCUCUGGAGGAGUCCGAGUCUAAGCUAAAGGUGGAAGUGUCACGAUUGAAAGAGGUGGCGGAAGUGGCUUCGCAUCAGACGGAAGCCAUCAAAGCGCAGCAGGAGUCACAUGACAGAGAGCUGACAUCUCUUAGGAAGCAACUUUACGACAUGCAGAUGGAGACUGAUGACAAGACCAUUAUAGGUAAACUGCACCACCAUAUUGUGGCCCUUCAGGUAAGUGAGGGUACAGCGGUGAGGAAACUGGAAGCUGCUAUGCAGAAGCUGUCUAGACAGGAAGCUCACGUGUUACGGCUUGAGCGGCAGAUUGAUGAAAAAGGCCAGGCUCUGUAUCACGCUAAGAUGGAGGCCAGGAACAAGGCAAAGUUUCUUAAGAGAACCAUUCAAGAUCUGCGGAGGCAGUACAGCGGAGCUUUGCCAUUGAUGAAACAGGAAAAGUUUGCCGAGACUAUGCGUUCGUUACACGAGGACAAACACAAGCUUGAAGGAGAGCUUAAGAAAGCUAGAACCGACAGAGAAGCAGCAGAAGACAAGCUUGCUGAACUUCAGCUUCAACACGAUGGGUUACAGGAACUGAUGGCUACCUUAAAGGAUGGUAAAGGGGCUGCUAAAGUCACUGAAUGGCACGCAAAGAUGGGUGAAAUAAGACUGCAGGACCUUAAACUGAACCGUGCCAUUACUAGGUUGCAGGAAGAGUUGAAACACCUAGAAAAUAUGACGAAAGUUCAGGAACGCACCAUCUCGGAUUUGGAAGAUGAAAAUGUGCAACUCUCCAAAGAACACGAAGAGAGGCAGUUGCUAUGGGAACAGAGGGAGGUGGAGCUUGAGCGCACGAUUGACAAGGUAGAAAAACAACAGGAACAACUGGCGGACGCGGCUGCUAAGUUUGAGGAAGCUACUGGCUCGAUACCAGACCCUGAUCUUCCAGUGGCAAAUCAGCUGGAAAUGGCGAUUAGAAACAUAAAAGAACAUAUCAGGAUUAUUGUAGGAACGAGAGAGGAAAGCAAAGCUCUUAAAAAGAAAUACGAAGAGCUGGAUCAAGCUUUCAAGCAGUCAGAAGAAAGGCUCACCCAGAAAGACAAGCUGAUCAACGAGCUGCGCCUCCGCCUCCCUCUGUCGGAGCGCGGGGAGAUCACAGCAGAAGCCAAGAAAGCUGCUGGGUUAGUAGAGGAGGAUUAUGAAUCAAAACGAGCCCUUAAAGUGGCUCAGGCAACUGUGUCCAGUCUGCAGCAAAUGCUGGCUCGUAAAGAAGAAUCGUUGGCUAAAUACCAGGAAAUGUUGAAAGAAGCACGAGAGGAAGCCAAGACCCAAACUGAACAACACAAAGCAGAAAUUCAGCUCCUACAAGACAGAUUACACCUGGAGACGGACGAGACGUUUAGAAGGAAGAAGACUUUUCACAUGGAUUCAGUGAAUGAUGAUGGUCCUCCUGUUCCUUCGCACAAACAGCUGGCUCGUUUGUCUGAGCUAGAAGAAAUGGUGACAGAACAGGACAAUGCCUUAGCUGUGGCAGCAGAGAAGUACAAGAAAUCGCGAAACGAAAUCAGCAAAAUGAAAAAAGACCACGAGGAGCAAGUAAACAGUCUCAAACAGCAAAUGGCAAGGAAAAACGAGGAGCAUUCUAAGGAAGUUACGAAACUAAACAGUGAGAAACUGGAACGAGAUGACAGAAUAAUGGAACAGGGUAAAGAGAUUGAGGUACUUAAGGAUGAACUUGAGUCAGCGAAGGAAGCUGCCCAGCGGGCUCCCAGUAAAACCAUGAAACAUUUGGUGGAGAGACUUAAGAACCAGCUGGCAUUGAAGGAAAAACAACAAAAGUCCCUGAGUCAAGCUCUCCUGCAACUAAGAGCUGACAUGGUGACGACUGCAGAGGAAAAUGUUCAGGUUCACGCCAAAAAAGCCGAGCAACAGGUCAAUGUACAGCAUAUUGUGGAGAAAGAAACCGCUGGACUACAGGCACGUCUCGAAGAACUCCAAGAUCGAAUGGAAAAACUCAAGAAGGAGCUAAGGAAACAAAAGGAUAAGGAAUCGACUUUGUUAGAGGAAAGGGACAAAUUAAAGCAGGAUUUUGCUAAAAAGGACUCUGCGCUGCUAAAACUUGGCCGUGAACUGAAGGAGCUAGAGACUGUGCAAGAACAGCUGGAGAAAAAAGAGGAAGAAUUAAGAACUGAGAGGAACACGCUUGCCCAAGAACGUGCUGAAUCUGAAAAACUACGAGAGAGAGUGAAAAGCCUUCAAGGAAAAAUAAAACAGAUCAAACAGAAGAGUUCCGAGGACUCUGAAGGGGGAGCUGGUGACGAUAAACCGAUUGUUGAGGAAGUGAUUAAGGAAGAUAGAGUGGCGGUGGUUUCUGAAGGAGUUGCACGAUGGGAGGACAACAAGAAGUGGCAACAGAAAGUAGAGACGCUGAAGGGAAAACUGGCGGAGAAAACACGAGAGCUGGAAAAAGCCGAAAAGACCAUCGGUAUGUUACGAGAUGCAGUUAGCAGGGCUGAGAAGGACAAGGCAGGACUUCACAGUAGAUUGAAGAGCUCUGCCAAGUCGUCAACUGGCGGACAAGCUCUUGUCACAAACGAAGUUGUACAGGAUCUAAGGCAGAAUAUUUUCAAGCUGGAAGAAGAGAAUCAGGAAUUAAGACGUCAUAAAGUUCUGGGCCAUGACAAACAAAUGGAAGCGCUUGAGCUUCGAAACAAACAAUUAGUGGAGUAUAGUGAAGGUUUAGAACGAGACCUUGCUGGUAGAAUGGCUGAGCAGCGUACAGUGGAUCAUGCUGAUGCCGACAUGUAUCGUGAAAUGUAUCAGAGAAUUCAGUCUCUUCAAAAACAGCUCUUGGAAACGAAGGAGGAAAAUAUGGAAUUACGUUUCGACUAUGAGCAAGCUCGGAAGGAGAACCCACGACUAAAGGCUCGUGUAGAAGAUUUGCAAGAGUAUGUGGAAAUUUUGAAAGCAGAACUUGAAGCAAGUAAAAAAAGGGAGAAGGCUCGCAAGAAGAGUCUGGGUACUGGUAUGGGUGGUCAGAGCGUAGAGGAUCUGGAGAGAGUAAUAGCAGCCAUGAGACGAGUUGUAGAGAGGCUUCAGGGAGAGAAUGAUCAGUUGAAGAAGACUGUUGGUGCAGGAGGCCCACAGUAUGGCGAGGUCAUGAAGGAAAAUAAACGGCUCAAGCAUGAGUUGGAAAAGGCAAAAGUUAACGAGAAGACACAGUCCUCCCGUGGAGGCAGCAGUCAGGGAAAUACAGCUAAACUGAUGGCUGAGAACGAUAAACUACUGAAAGAUUUAAAAAAGGAAAUGGAGGAGGUAGAAAAGCUAAAAACUACAAACGCUAAUCUGGAACAGAGAAAAGAGGAGCUUGUGAAAGAAUUAGAACAGUUACAUCAAAGACUGUCCACCACUAACAUGCAAGGACUUGACAGUAAAGAAUGGAAAUCAGUCGUGUUACCAAAGAUAUACGAGGAAAAGAUGCAAAAACUAGAAGCAGAACUGGAGAAAAAGACAAAUCUGUUAAAGGAUAUCAAGACGUACUUGAAAGCAGCUGCUAACAGAGAAACUGAGUUAAUGAAGAAACAGCAAGAACUUGAGGAAAAGGUUACAGUUUUGGAGAGGUUUCCCACGAAUAUUAAAGGAGACAGUGAUCUGAUCAAAGAACUUCAACAGACAAG